GUCGUCAUUACCUAUGAAUUUAUCAGAUAACAGUUUUAAGUACUUUGGUAGAUUAUUUUGAGAUUAUAAAGAGUUUAAAUAGCCGUGAGUAAGUAAGGAUCCUGCUACAGUUCUGAGUAGGUACUCCUGUAAAGUAUCUUAUUUACUGUCUCAACUUAGUGAGCGAGUCUAGUUUAUAUAAAGUUGUGAAAAGCGCCACGAACAAGUAAAAAUGCAUAAUAACUGGACGGGACUGGACAAAUAUUACACGGAUUCGUCUUUAAAGGACAUCUACAAUGUAUUGGAGAGUAAUGACUUAUCGGAUUGUGUGGUACUUGCUAGAAAUGUGUUAAAUAAAACUAACAAUUGGCUAGAGUUCAAUUUCAAUGAAAAAUCAACGUCGGUAUCUCAAAACUUUCUGCAACAUGGUUUGGAUUUCAUGUCUAAAGGCAAUGCUGAACUCGCAUUGUUAGGGUAUAAUAUCGCACUUAUGUUUGCACCAAAUAAUUCUGAAAUCAUGCAAUUAGCAUAUUGUGGCAGAGCUGAACUUUUAUUGAAAUUUCCUGCGCACUGGUCUUUAAGUGUAAAUAAUAUUAAUACUUGCCUUGCAUUGAAUUGUCCACAAGAUUUAGUUGACAAAUUAACGAAGAUGAAAUCUACAGCCAGUAAAUCAGUACACAAAGAAAAAGAAGCAUUGAAAAAGGUAUCUACUCCGUUUACUAAGAAUUUCUUCAAGCUCAAGGGCAACAAUGUGGACGUACCGUGUGCUACUCCAGAUGUAGAAGUCAUAGUCGAAUCAGGACAAGUAAAAGUAGUUGCUGCUAAUAAUAUCGUGGUGGGGACGCUUCUCGCAAACGAGACAGCCUUUAUGGCUGCGACUCAUUCAAAAAAUGUAUUUACUUCAUGCCAUUAUUGUCUCCGUAUAUCACCAGAUUUGAAACCUUGUGAUGGUUGCUGUAGAGCUUCGUUUUGUGAUGAAAACUGCAAAGAAAAAUCUAUGCUGGAGGGACACGAUGUUGAAUGUAAAAUUGCAGAUAUCAUAGUGGAUGAUGUAAAAUUACCUUUCAAAACUGUUCUUAAGAUACGUCGGUUGUGUAACUCUUGGGAAGAAUUCAUUGCCGUGUCCAAUGAUUUGGGCACUGAUGGAAUAAAAAAUGAAAUAACAUCGAAGAUCUUCGGUUCCAAUAAGUUUUCUGUAUUGAAACCACGCGCUGACUACCCAUUUAUUCAUGGCAGAAUGUUUAAUAGAUGUAUGUGCAUUGUUAAUAUAAUUCAUUACUUGGAAAUGAGAACGUCAUUCUUACCAGAAGGUUCAGAAGAGAAGGAAGCAGCCAUACGUGCGGUGGCUCGGAUAUUUUUGUAUCUGUCUCUGUAUUGUACACCAGUGAAAAUGUUGCAUGUCGCUCGUUACAUUUGUAAGGUUACAAUGCAACCACACGAUUACAAAAACCGUGGAUACUUUCCGUUGAUCGGGAAUUUGGCUCAUUCAUGUACACCAAACACAUACGUGAUUGGGCUUCGCAACAGUGCAGCCCUCAUAGCGUUAAAACCUAUAAAAAGAGGAGAGCAAUUAACAUUUAGUUACAUAGGUCAUUAUUUGGAACCUCGCUCCAUUCCAUGUGUUACAUAUGGAAUGGAGCGCGCUGCAAAAUUAAUAGACAAUUAUGGGAUUGCGUGCGAAGACUGCGUUGUCUGUGAAUGUAAUAUACCACGAAACCAGUCACUGAAUCGAAAACAGUUGUCAGCCUUCAGGAACAUGCCCAGGACUGAUGCAUGCGAGAAUAAUACUAAAAACCUUUAUGAGGAAAUAUGUCGACUGAACAUAGGUGUCCCCAGUGACUUCCAGUUCGGGUGGUUGGAAGCUACCUGCAUCCAGCUUCGUCCUGGAACCCUUAUCAGGUCUCUUCUAUCCACCUUAUUGUACGUGGACGGCCUACGCUGCGCUUGCCGCUACGUGGCGUCCAUUCGAGAAUCUGCCUGGCACAAUCGGCCAACCAUGCCUGAGGUCGUGUUCUACUACUUCCCCGUGAAGGCUCUGGGCGAGUCCGUCCGUUUGCUGCUGGCUUACGGUGGCCAGGAGUUCGAUGACCGUCGUAUCCCACAGACAGAAUGGCCUGCAUUCAAGCCAAAGACCCCAUUCGGUCAGAUGCCAGUUCUGGUGAUUGACGGCAAGGAGUACGCCCAAAGCUUGGCCAUCAGCCGGUACCUCGGUAACAAGUACGGAGUCGCUGGAGACUCCUUCGAGGAUGCUCUGGAGAUCGACCAGAACGUGGACCUCAUUAAUGAUCUGCGUGCAAAGGCUGCAGUAGUACAUUAUGAAGCUGAUGAGGCUCUGAAAGAAGCUAAAUACGCCGACUUCGUUAAGAAUGUAUUCCCAGACCUUUUUGAGAAAUUGAGUGCUAUUUUUGUCAAGAACAACGGCCAUGUUGCUUUAGGAAAGUUGACCUGGGGAGAUUUCGUGUUCGCGGGCAUGUUUGACUACCUGAAGGUGAUGCUGCGUAUGCCUGACUUGGAAAAGAAGUACCCUGUGUUCCAGCAGGUCAUAGACAACGUGUACUCCAUUCCUAAAGUCAAGGUGUACGCAGACGCCGCGCCCCCCACUGACUUCUAAAUUUGAAUUACCGAAACAACACGUACAAAAUAUAAAGAGUCUAUUUUAAAACUAUACGUUUGACGAAUCCCGAAUGCAUGUCGAAUAUAUUUAUCUUAUACAUUAUGAAUAGAGAUAAUAUCUACAUCCGUCAAUAUGUUAUUGAUAUUUUUCUGUAAUUUUUAGAUUGUAAGGAUGUGUUUAAAUGAUAAAUAAAUGUUAUUUAAAAUGUU